UUCAGGAAGUCACCCAGCUCGUUGCUGUCGAGUUGACGCUUUGCUGCCGCGCUGAGCAGGAAAGGAGCAGCCGCCUCAAUGUGCAGACACUGUAAGCCACUCUGCCGUUGGCCCAUGCUCUGCGGUGCCCUUCCCUGGGGUCACUGCUGCAGGUUUCACCUCACCUCUGGCUCGGGUCGGAAGAGCUGAGAUGGGCGACUCGGGGGCAAAGAACAGAGAUCCUCUCCCGCAUCAGGCAUCAGACACAAACCAGCCCGUUGGGGUAACAAGCCUCCUGGAAACCUCCGGGCAGGAGGAAGGGCAUGAGAGUCGUGCUCGAUUCGACGACUCGGGCCUCUCCACCCAGCUCCAGUGCGGUUUGGAGAGCCUCCGUGUGGAAGAGUCUCUCACAGACGUGACCUUGCAUGUGGAGGGACGGCAGUUUCCCUGUCACCGGGUGGUCCUCGCUGCUGCAAGCCACUACUUCAGGGCCAUGUUCUGUAAUGAUCUUCGGGAGAAACACGAGGAGCAAAUCCACAUUAAAGGCGUGGAUGCAGAGACCAUGGCGGUCCUGCUGGACUACACCUACACCAGCAAAGUGCUCAUCACCAAGCAGAACGUCCAGAAGAUCCUAGAAGCCGCGAACCUCUUUCAGUUUCUGCGCAUGGUAGAGGCCUGCUCCAGAUUCCUGACCAACGCGCUCCUGCCCGAAAACUGUGUGGGCGUCCUGCGACUGGCUGACACCCACUCCCUGACGCCUCUGAAGGUCCACGUCCAGAACUACAUUACCCAGGCAUUCGGUUGCGUGGUGUCACAUGAGGAGUUUUUGGAUCUCCCGGGGGAAGCUCUGGCAAACCUGCUGCAGCGUGACGACCUGAACGUGACCCAGGAGGAGCAGGCGUACGAGGCGGCCAUGCUCUGGGUACGAGCCUGCGAGGCCGAGAGGCUGCCCAUACUGGCCCGGCUCCUGCACUACGUGCGCCUGCCCCUUGUGGACCCCUGGUACUUUGUGGAGAAGGUGGAAGGGGACCCCCUGAUACAGAAGUGUCCUGAGGCUUUUCCGCUACUCCAAGAGGCCCGUAGGUACCACUUAUCCGGGAGCGAGAUUGUCUCGGAGCGUACCAAACCACGAGAGAGGGAGUUCCAGUCCGAGGUCUUCAUGAUCAUCGGGGGCUGCACCAAGGAUGAGAAGUUUGUCUCUGAGGUAACCUGCCUGGACCCCUUGCGCAGGAGCCGCCUGGAGGUGGCCAAGCUUCCCAUCACCGAGAUGGAGGUGGAGGUGGACAACAGGAAGUGGGUGGAGUUUGCCUGCAUCACCUUCAGGAAUGAGGUGUACCUUACAGGAGGAAAGGAGACCCAACAUGAGGCAUGGAAGUACAACGCAGCCCUCAACAAGUGGAUCCAGAUCGAGUACCUGAACAUCGGGCGCUGGAGACACAAAAUGGCCGUCCUGGCGGGGAAGGUCUAUGUGCUGGGUGGGUUUGAUGGCGCUCAGAGGCACAACAGCAUGGAGGCCUAUGACCCCUUUCACAACAGCUGGACAGAGGAAGAACCCCUCCUGCUCAGUGUGAGCUCCUUCGCCACAGCGAGUCACAAUGACGAGCUGUACGUGAUCGGGGGCGGCCCCAACGGCAAGUUGGCCACAGACAAGUUACAGUGUUUCGACCCCGUUGCCAAAAAAUGGACAUUUAAGUCACCGAUGCCCAUUGAAGCCAAAUGCAUAAAUGCUGUGACCUUCAAAGAUUGCAUCUAUGUAGCAGGCGGCGCAAUGAAGGCACUGUACUGCUACUGCCCCCUGGAGGACUCCUGGAGCACCGUGACGCAAUUCAAUCACGAGAGAGCCAGCUGCGGGCUUGCCGCUUGCAGUAACAAGCUCUUCAUCACCGGGGGGCGUGAUGAGAGAAAUGAAGUGAUCGCCACAGUGCUGUGUUGGGACCCGCAAGUGCAGAAGCUGACAGAGGAGUGCGUUCUCCCCCGCGGAGUUUCUCACCAUGGAAGCGUCACACUGAGAAAGUCGUACACGCACAUCCGGAGGGUGGUUCCCGUACAAGGCGCUGCAUCCACAUAACCCUGGACGUUGAGGGGUGGGGCGAACGACGAAUUAGACUAGGGACAGAGAAGCGAACUUUACCUCAAACCACACAAGAUCAAAUUACCGUCUUCGUCGAAGGCAGAACAUUUAUUUAUUUGUGUUAUGAAAGGAAUUUACUGAACUGAUCUGAGAUCAGCACUGAGCAGAAUUCAUCAUCUGUUGUUGCUGGACAAUUGAUGCAUUGCCUGUAGAUUUCUACUGUGUGUUAAGCACUGUUACACUUACAACAGAGUGCACUAACAAAAAUUGCACUAGAAUGCUGACUGCACUGUUUACAAACAGAAUCAACUAGCCUUUUCUUCCUUUGGUAUCCUGUUUUUUCAUAGGUGAACAAUGGAGGCAAAAGGUGACCUCAAAACUGACUUUAAAUAAAAUAUUCUAUAUAAAAAGUAUAA